AUGGCCGCAUUAAUUGGUGCUCAGAAUGUAAACAUCAGGAAAAAACGUGUUUAUCGGCCAAAUUUUGUAUAUAAAACUCUCACAGACAAGGAACUGCGUGCAAAGUACAGAUUUGGUAAGGAAGGGUUGCAAUUUUUAAAUGACCAGCUUGAAGAAAGGCUCCGUAGACCUACCGGUAAAGGUUGUGCCAUGGAUCCCGCAGAGCAGGUUUGCAUUGCUCUACGUUAUUAUGCCACUGGGGCAUUUUUCGAUGUGGUAGGGGACACCAUGGGGCGCGACAAGGCGACAGUUUGUCGCGUGGUAAAACAUGUAACAGAAGGUCUUGUAGAGAUGAAAGAUCGCUUUAUACGUUGGCCGACUAGAAUGGACACCCGUCGCAACAUUAUGGCAGGGUUUGCGGAUGUAGCUGGGAUUCCAAAUGUGAUUGGUGCCAUUGAUGGAUCACAUGUUGAAAUUACGAAGCCAGGCCCAACAGAAGAAAGACCGUUCAUUAACAGGAAGGGAAGGGCAUCCAUAAAUGUAAUGGCAGUUUGUGAUAAUAAAGAUGUAGGAUGA